CAAUAAACACAGAGAAGAAGAGGACGGAAGUAGCGCAGUUGUGACUCUCUUCCGCUGAGCAGCCGCCGGCGCUAACAACAAGUGAAGCUACCAGCAGCCGAACACGGAGGCGUGCGCUCUUCAGCCAACAGCGUCGUUUAGCUUUAGCUACUGAAAGGUUCAUCGAAUUAUUUCAAGAAGAGGAUUUGUUUUGGUGAAAUGGGAGAUCCUGCUCUAACCAGAGACUGUCCCCUGGACUGCAAGGUUUAUGUCGGAAAUCUGGGAAACAAUGGAAACAAGACCGAAUUAGAAAGGGCUUUUGGGUACUAUGGUCCUUUAAGAAGUGUUUGGGUCGCCAGGAAUCCACCAGGUUUUGCUUUUGUAGAGUUUGAAGAUCCCAGAGAUGCAUCUGACGCUGUUAGAGAACUGGAUGGAAGAAACAUGUGUGGCUGUAAAGUACGCGUCGAGUUGUCCACUGGGGAAAAGCGCUCUAGGAGCCGUGGCCCUCCUCCAUCCUGGGGUGGUGGUGGUGGUAGACGCCCCCGUGAUGAUGUAAGACGACGUAGCCCUCCAGUCAGACGCAGAUCCCCGAAGAGGAGGAGCCUGAGCCGCAGUCGCAGCAGGUCUGUUUCAAGAGACAGACGUAGAUUCCGUUCUCUUUCCAGAGACAAGAAUCGUAAGCACUCACGAUCCAUCUCACGGUCAAGGAGUAAUUCCCAGUCUAACGAGAGGAAAUGAAAACUUCAGAGGAUUCGUCUGCAGGAUCCCGCUAUGGUUGUGGAAAUACAACAUUUUUAUAGUCACGUUUUUCUUUUUAGAUUUUGUUUGUCAGCUUGAAGCAGUUUAAGGUUCGCUUGUUACAUUUGUUGUAAUAGCAGUCUGUUAAAUUGACGACAAAAACUUCUUUCUUUUUCUUUUUUUGGUAUCGAAUUCACUGUUUACAUGAAUCAAAAUUUUCUUACCCUGCAUGUCAUGAAAUCAAUUACUGGAUUUAGUUUUAAGUUUCUAUCCUGUUACUUUUUAACUGCCUAACUGAAUUAAACUACAUGUGAUGCUUUUAUUUGUUUUCUUUUUCUUGGCUGACCUUUAAAUCACAAUUGGUUACUGUAAUAAUGCAUCGCCAGUCAAAGGAGCAUACUUUUUACCAGUGACAAAACAGACUCUUAACUAGUGGUGUAAAUACUGGGGCUGUAAUAUGCAGGUUAAUCUUGAAAACAAAAAAUUCAGCUGUGAUUCUUUUUUUCUUACCUAUGUCACUCAGCAAAAGCAUUUACUCUUAUUAUUUGCUUGAUUCUCUGAAGUUCUGACAAUAUGUGCUGAUGCAGUCAAACUUCUUGUUCAAUAAAUGUUUUCCAAGGUCCAAAA